UUAGAUAAGGCUUCGGCACAACUUUGUUAUGAUUGUUGCAAUCGGUAUUCGUUUUCUCAGUUAUGCGAUGGAUUACUUAGAAUCGAGUUUCAUAUCAGUAAUGCAUUUUUUUUGCAAUAUUAUUUUUCAGCUUUUGGUCUUCCCGAUCAUUUUACUUCGUGGUUCAAGCUGACUUUAAUGCAUAUAUGGAUGGCUUUGCUAAGACUUCACGUAUCUCUCGAGGCGAAAGCCUAUUUACGUGUUAGACAUGGUGUUUUAUCAGCAUUUUGGCUUGAUGUCGAUAAUCGCAUUCCCAUAAUCAUUGUUGGUUUUAAUUUACGCAGAUUUCCAAAAAAGUCGGGAGAAGAGGUACAAUCUGGCGUCAUAAAGGCUGAAAUCAAAAAAAUGCAUGGUUUACAUCUUCAAACUUUAUUUGAAUAUGAUGAGGGUUUCCUAAGCAGCGAUGCAGCAUUAGCUGGUGCUAUUUGGCGAUGUCUUUAUGUUGAAAAAAACUGUGAUCCUAUUCAUGUAAAUAAAGCAGUGCAGUAUAUUCGGUCCACGGUGAUUCUUUGUUUCCAUUGUUUAAUUAUCAUUUUUUGGUGUUCCUAG